AUGCCCCCGAGGCCUCAGGAGGCUGCUGGAAUCCGCUGCGUUUUGCGGCACUCGAUUUCGCACCUCCCUCCCUGCUGCUUCGCGAGCGCCUCUGUUCCCCCGCACGUUUAUACCCGGCCACAGCGCAGGUUUAAUCCAGGUCAGGUCAACGAUUUAUAUAAGUCAUUAGUGAAAGUAACCGGCUGGAGGCGAGGGCAGGGGGCACCUCUGCUCUCUCCCGCCUUUACAACGAGUAGAGAAGCAGGAAUUGCCCCAGCUCUGCCCCGCCACGCCGCAGCAAAGCCGCCCUACUCGUAUAUCGCGCUCAUCCCCAUGGCCAUCCUGCAGAGCCCCAAGAAGCGGCUGACGCUGAGCGAGAUCUGCGAGUUCAUCAGCGGCCGUUUCCCCUACUACCGGGAGAAGUUCCCCGCCUGGCAGAACAGCAUCCGCCACAACCUCUCGCUCAACGACUGCUUCGUGAAGAUCCCCCGCGAGCCGGGCAACCCGGGCAAGGGCAACUACUGGACGCUGGACCCGCAGUCCGAGGACAUGUUCGACAACGGGAGCUUCCUGCGCCGCAGGAAGCGCUUCAAGCGGCACCAGCAGGAGCACCUGCGGGACCAGACGGCGCUCAUGAUGCAGGGCUUCGGCGCCUACAGCCUGGCCGGGCCCUACGGGCGCCCCUACGGGCUGCACCCCGGCGCCUACGCGCACCCGGCCGCGCUGCAGUACCCCUACAUCCCGCCCGUGGGGCCCAUGCUGCCGCCCGCCGUGCCGCUGCUGCCGUCCAGCGAGCUGAGCCGCAAAGACUUCAAAUCGUUCCGACGCUCCCGGCUGCUUCGUGCGAAACGAGCGAGCAGGUUUAAACGGAUGGUGGCGAAUUGGAAGCGGCGCCUCAUGCGGGGUCGGAGCGCGGAUUUUUCGUUGGUGGCCGGAGCAAAACGAGAGGGAACGGCGCGCUCCGUCCCGCCGCGGGCCCGGCGAGCCGCCAAAAGGGAGGAUUCCCAGCAUUUUCGGGGCCACGACUCCAAAAGGAAAGUAUUUCGCUGCAGCGCCUUACAGUGUCUAAAACACCGAUUUUUUUUUUACUAUAGUUCGGCAAAACGAAGGCGAGAUAUUGGGAAAUCUGUCCUUUAG